CCCCGGAAGCACUACCUGAGGCGAUCCUGGCGAGGUUCCGAGUGCGGCGGCGCAGUCAGCACCAUGGCAGCCCGACUGGCUGGGAGCCGUUGGGCUGCCGGGCCUGUGGCUGUAGGUAGAGGCUCGCUGGUGUCCCGCCAGAGGUGGUCCGUACCCUCAGCAGACACGUUGUACGAUGUGGUGGUGUCGGGAGGAGGCCUGGUAGGCGCCGCCAUGGCCUGCGCCUUGGGACAUGACAUUCACUUUCGUGACAAGAAAAUCCUAUUGCUAGAAGCAGGUCCAAAGAAAGUACUGGAGAAAUUGUCAGAAACUUACAGCAACAGGGUCAGCUCUAUUUCCCCUGGCUCUGCAACGCUUCUCAGUAGUUUUGGUGCCUGGGACCACAUCUGCAAUAUGAGAUACAGAGGCUUUCGGCGAAUGCAGGUGUGGGAUGCCUGCUCAGAGGCCUUGAUAAUGUUUGAUAAGGAUAAUUUAGAUGACAUGGGCUAUAUUGUGGAGAAUGAUGUCAUCAUGCAUGCUCUCACUAAGCAGCUGGAGGCUGUGUCUGACCGAGUGACAGUUCUCUACAGGAGCAAAGCCGUUGGCUAUACCUGGCCUUGUCUGUUUCCUAUGGCAGACUCCAGCCCUUGGGUUCAUAUUACCCUAGGUGAUGGCAGCACCCUCCAGACCAAACUGUUGAUUGGUGCAGAUGGUCACAACUCAGGAGUCCGGCAGUCUGCUGGAAUCCAGAAUGUUAGCUGGAACUAUGACCAGUCUGCAGUUGUGGCUACUUUGCAUUUGUCGGAGGCCACAGAAAACAAUGUCGCAUGGCAGAGAUUUCUUCCCUCUGGGCCUAUCGCUGUGCUCCCGCUCUCAGACAGCUUGAGUUCCUUGGUUUGGUCCACAUCCCAUGAGCAUGCAGCAGAGCUGGUUAGCAUGGAUGAGGAAAAAUUUGUGGAUGCCAUUAACUCUGCCUUUUGGAGUGACAUCAACCACACAGACUUCAUCGACUCGGCAGGCACCUUGCUGCAAUAUGCUGUCGCCCUUCUGAAGCCCACCAGGGUCUCAGCUCGCCAGCUGCCCCCAAGCGUAGCCAAAGUGGACGCCAAAAGCCGAGUACUGUUUCCUCUUGGGUUGGGACAUGCUGCUGAGUAUGUGCGCCCUCGGGUGGCACUCAUUGGGGAUGCAGCCCACAGAGUCCAUCCACUAGCAGGACAAGGUGUCAACAUGGGCUUUGGGGAUAUCUCCAGCCUGGUCCAUCACCUCAGUACUGCAGCCUUCAAUGGGAAGGACUUAGGUUCCAUGAGCCACCUCACAAGUUAUGAAACAGAAAGACAGCGUCACAACACUGCUCUUCUGGCUGCAACAGACUUACUCAAAAGGCUCUACUCCACCAGCACCACUCCACUUGUGCUGCUCAGGACAUGGGGCUUGCAGGCCACAAAUGCAAUAUCUCCACUCAAGGCACAGAUUAUGGCAUUUGCAAGCAAAUGAGUGCUCCUCUUCCAGAGAUUAUGUUGAUGAAAAAAAGAACAUCUUUCCCCAAAACCAUCGCACAUAUUUUCAAGAUUUAGUUUAAUAAAUUUACUUUACAUUAGAA